AUGUUUCUCAAAAUUCUUCUAUUCCUCUCGAUUUUCCCCAAUAUUGUUUCAAGUGUCACAUGUGAAUUCUGUGUUCAAUCUGGAAAUACGUGAGUAAAUAUCCCAAGUCAUUUUAUUUCCAACAAAACAUUCCUGUCAGAUUCUGCACCGAUACAUAUUCCUGUAUUCCACCCGAAGUGUCUUGUCAAGCUCCGAUAAAUGUAGAUUUUGUUUGUCCAAAAGCUCCACGAGUUCAAUAUAAUGAUACAUUUGCAAGAACUAGAAUGAUGGUCAUCGCAUCUGCUGCCAAAAGUUUGAGUGAGAAUACACAAGAUUGUUUCAGGUAUUCUUAUGUUUACCGUAUUUAGUUUUCGUAUGGAAUUUUUUUUUAGUAAUCAUUUUCCAACAACAACAGUUUAUAAAACACGCGAAGUGAAUUGCUCGAACACUUAUCCAAAUGUGACAUGUUUAGCCUAUACAGCUUAUGAUGAUACUGAACAAGUUAUAAUUCUAGGAUUUCGAGGUUCACAGGGAAAAAAUCAGGAUCUUACACUCUCUGAAAAUUGUGUCGCGAAGUGGGUUUCUGCUUUUUUUGUUCAAAAAAUGUAUUAAUUUUCUAGUGGAUCUAUACCAUUUUUCACAAAUGGUCGAGUUGUGCAAGCAUUUUAUGAUUCUUUUAUGUUUUUAUGGGAUGGUGGAAUUCGACAAGAUUUACGUCGACUCGCUUAUCUUUAUCCAAAUUAUAAAUUAUGGAUUGGCGGACAUUCUUUGGGUGGAGCAAUGGCAACAAUUGCAUCUGGAUACAUUGUGAAAACUGGAAUAUUUCGAGGGGAAGAUAUAACAUUAGUUGUAUUAGGAGAUAUGCCAGUAACUGAUGUUGUAUUUUCAAAAUGGCAUUGGGAACAAAUACCAUAUUCAUUUCAUGUGAUUCAUCGAAAUGACAAUAUUCCCCGAGUUGACCCAUUUGACCCGCUUAAUAAUGUCACAAUGUAUCACUCAAGGACCGAAGUAUGGUAUAAUAAUUAUAUGAGAGAAGGGGAUAAUUAUGAAGUAUGCUUGGAAGCUGGUGCAUCAUUUUGUAUUCGUUCGCCUCAAGCAAAUCUUACUUGGGAUGAUCAUAACUAUUAUUUUGAUAUUCAUCUUCCAAAUUGGGGAAAAGCUGGAUGCCCCAAAAACUUAACUGGAUUCAAUCAAGAAUGA